AUGUUUAGGUUGAUAACAGGAAUUCCGGGUCCGAGUGGAUUUGGAUCAGGUUCAACUGGUGAACAAGUUACUCAAGGGAUUGAUGCAACUGCUCUUACUGUCAUCAUUACAGGUGGUGCGAGUGGAAUAGGGUUGGAGACGUCAAGAGUUUUAGCUCAGAGGAAUGCUCAUGUGAUUAUUGGUGCAAGAAACAUGGAGGCUGCAAAUGAAGCUAAACAACUCAUUCUAAAGGAUAAUAAUACUGCCCGAAUUGACAUUCUCAAACUCAACCUUGCCUCUCUUAAAUCUGUCGAGGCAUUUGCUGACCAAUUCAUUUCUCUUAACCUUUCUCUCAACAUCUUAAUAAACAAUGCAGGAAUCAUGUUCUGUCCUUACCAGCUUUCUGAAGAUGGAAUAGAGAUGCAAUUUGCAACAAAUCAUCUCGGUCACUUCUACUUGACUAGCCUUCUCCUUGACAAAAUGAAAGAAACAGCAAAAUCUACUGGCAUAGAGGGAAGGAUUGUGAAUUUGUCAUCAGUAGCACACAUCCAUACUUAUUACAAAGGGAUUCGAUUCAACAGAAUUAAUGAAGAGACCAGUUAUUCAGACAAGAAGGCAUAUGGACAAUCCAAAUUAGCUAACAUAUUACAUGCCAAUGAGCUCGCUCAACGUUUGCAGUUCUGGAAUCAGGCUGAGGGAGCAAAUAUCACUGUCAACUCAGUGCAUCCAGGGUUGAUAAUGACAAACCUCUUCAAAUAUUCUGCCACCUCAAUGAGAAUUUUGAAGUUCUUCACAUGUUUCCUGUGGAAGAACGUCCCUCAGGGGGCAGCCACGACUUGCUAUGUCGCACUUCACCCCAAGUUGAAAGGUGUAUCAGGGAAGUAUUUCGUGGACUGCAACGAGUUUAAGCCAAGCAGGUUGGCAACAGAUGAAGCUUUAGCCAAGGAACUCUGGGAUUUCAGCAAUAAAUUGAUUGACGCAGCUCAAACCACCUGA